UAUAUAAAGCCAUUUUGUCCAGAUUCUUGCACAACUGAAUACAACCUUCAAAAUGAAGUACAUCUUUGUUGCACUAGCCUUAUUUUCCGUUUUCAGCAGCUUUCGCUGCGAUUCCAGCGGAGAAGUGAUCGACACCGUCAAAUCGAAACACGUCAAAAAGCUCCUAUCCAAAAACAAGGAACACGUAGACGAAGGUCUAGAAAAAUUGGAACAACACUGCCCUGGAGUUACCAACAAACUAAAGGAAGCCAUCAAAUCCUUCGUAGAAUGUGACGACAAAGUCGACGACGCGUUGACAAUUUGCCAACAAAUCCAAACCUCCAGCAUUAACUGCACCGCCCCCUUGUUCAAAGUGGUCGACGAUUGUCUGCCCCCAAAAGCCAGAGGCUUGCCCACACUUGGCCUCAAGAGCCUGGUUUCGGUAGCCGACUUUUUGUGCAAACAAAACGGGGAGACAAUUUUUGAGCUAGCGAAUCCUUGUUUGUGGGGAUUUGCAGUAGCACACUCCGAAAACGAGAGUAACGUGCCUACUGAGUGUGACAAGAAAUUCGCUACAGUGAUUCAGGAAGUUAACGGUCUGAUUGACCAAAACGAUCCCGAGCAAAUUCCAACCAAGACAGAAAUUUGCAACACAAUUACUGGCUUCAGAAGCUGUGUCAAAACCGAGACUGUGGCUUCUUGCAAGUGCCAGAAAACUCAAGAUGCCGCGCUUGGAUUGUUCGAUGCCUUCGUGGCCCCUUGUAGCCACAUCAACGAAGUGUAAAUUAUUAUUAAAUGUUUAUUCUGUUUAUUUUUUCAUUCAACUUUGAAAUAUUGUGUGCGAUAAAGCAAAUGAUAAUCUUUAAACAUAAAAGUUAUAUAAUCCAAA